AGGAAGAAGAAGAAGAAGCUACCCUUUGAACUGGGAGGUUCAUAGUAUCAACUUUCAUAGUCAAUUAUUGCAUGUUGUUUACACGGAAAUACAUUUUCAGCUGUAAAAUCACAAUGAAUGACCGCGAACUUGACCUUACGGAAGCGCAAAAAACAACAAAAUCAAAAUAUCCUCCAAUCAACAAGAAGUAUGAGUAUCUUGACCACACUGCAGAUGUCCAGAUUCAUUCUUGGGGAGAUUCACUGGAAGAGGCUUUUGAGCAGUGUGCUAUGGGAAUGUUUGGCUACAUGACUGAUACGGAAACAGUUGAACCCAUUGACACUCUAGAAGUAGAAUCAGAAGGCGAGGACAUGGAGUCACUCCUCUUUCAUUUUUUGGAUGAUUGGCUCUUCAAGUUCAGUGCUGACCUAUUCUUUAUUCCCAGAGAGGUGAAGGUUGUGCACAUUGACAGAAUGCAGUUCAGAAUUCGCUCUAUAGGGUGGGGCGAGGAAUUUAAUCUAACUAAACACCCACAGGGCACAGAAGUGAAAGCAAUCACCUACUCUGCCAUGCAGGUACACAACACAGAGAAACCAGAGAUCUUCGUCAUUAUUGAUAUUUAGGAAAGAAAGAAAUACAAAAAGCCAAAUACUUAGUCUUCUAUUUAUUUGACAUGAUUUUAAAAGAUAGUACCCUCCAUGUGUAAUGAAUAUAUGGGGAAUGUAAUUUUGUAAACUUGUGAUGCAGAUGUGUUUACAUAGCUGAAAACCUGUAUAUUUUAGGUUGUCUUUCAUUAUUUUUUAUUGUUUGCUAUUUCAAAAUAACUGUUUUGCUGUAUAAAACAUUAAAUAAAAACAAGCUUUACAUUUUCAGUCAAAAUUA